UAGGGGAGAGCUACCGGCAUCAUCUGCUUGGGCUGGAGUGAAGCGUUCGGCACCGUUCCGCGUGACAUCCUGGUCCCUAAACUGGGGAGACGUGGAUUUGGUGAAUGGACCACUCGGUGGAUAAGAACUAGCUGGAUAGCCGCACGUAAAGAGUUGCGGUCAGCGGCUCAUUGUCCACGCGGAGACCAAGGACGAGUGGUGUCGCUCACGGGUGGUACGGGGAUGAUAGUACUUACUAACUUUGUCGGUGGCAUUGGCAACGGUAUUGAGACACCCUCAGCAAGUGACACCGAACUGUGUGGUGCUGUUACAUGGUGGAGCGACGGGAUGGGGACUAACGCAUCUCCUCUAUGGAAGAAGAGAAGGUGCUGCUGCUGCGAGACGGCGGGGCGAGCAUGGGGCCGGCAGAGCUGGUGCAGAAGAUCAGUAUCAGCGCCGAGAGCCCCCGCGGCAGCGAGAGGAACGGCAGGGGGGCGGCGGCCCCCCCCCCCCCCCCCCCCGGCAGCGAGAGGAACGGCAGCGGCUCGGCGCUGGCGGGCGCUGACGGGGCCGCCCCCGGCAGCUGGAGGCAGAAGUGUGCGGCCUAUGUGCUGGCGCUGCGGCCCUGGAGCUUCAGCGCCUCGCUGACCCCUGUGGCGCUGGGCAGCGCUUUAGCGUACCGGGCUGAGGGGACGCUCGACCCGGGGCUGCUGCUGGGCAGCGCCGUCACCGUCCUGGCUGUGCACGGCGCCGGCAACUUGGUGAAUACCUACUAUGACUUUUCCAAAGGCAUCGAUCACAAGAAGAGUGAUGACAGGACAUUGGUGGACCAGAUUUUGCAGCCGCAGGAUGUAGUCCGGUUUGGAGUUUUUCUGUACACUGUGGGCUGUAUCUGUGCUGCUGGGCUCUACGCUGUCUCCACACUCAAGCUGGAGCACCUGGCCCUGAUUUACUUUGGAGGACUUUCCAGCUCCUUCCUUUAUACCGGAGGAAUUGGAUUUAAAUACGUUGCACUUGGUGACGUGGUGAUCCUGAUCACCUUUGGGCCCCUGGCUGUCAUGUUUGCCCACGCAGUGCAGGUUGGUUACCUGUCUGUGUCCCCCCUGCUCUACGCCGUCCCUCUGGCGCUCAGCACCGAGGCCAUCCUGCACAGCAACAACACCCGGGACAUGGAGUCGGACCGGCAGGCAGGGAUUGUCACCUUGGCCAUCCUCAUCGGCCCCACCUUCUCUUAUAUUCUCUACACUGUGCUGCUCUUCUUGCCAUACCUGAUUUUCUGUGUGCUGGCCACACGCUACACCAUCAGCAUGGCACUGCCCCUGCUCACCAUCCCCAUGGCGUUUUCACUGGAGAGACAGUUCCGCAGUCAGAGCUUCUGCAAAAUUCCUCAGCGGACAGCCAAGCUCAACCUCCUGCUGGGGCUUUUCUAUGUUUUUGGCAUCACAUUGGCACCAGCUGGGGCUCUGCCCAAACUGUGAAAAGAGCUGUAAGGUCAGGCCUCGUAAUUCACUGUUCAUGUCAGUUACCAGUGGAUGUUAUGUGUAAAUGACCCAUUAUGGACAGUGAGAAGAAUGGAAAGACCACCUUGCACUGCUGAUAGUGAAUGUUAUGAUUUCUGCUCUUGGACAGCUUGUACAACAGACUUCAAAAAAGUGAUUUGUCAGUUCUUCAGAAGGGGAGAACUGUGUGGCUUUGCUUUGAGGAACAAGGUGACAUAAGGUCAAGGAAAUGUUUAAAGAACCUCAUCCUUCUGCCACCUUAUUUUUUCACUGUCAGUUCAAUGAAGGACAGGGCCUCAAAUACACUCUCUGUUCGCUUCACAAGCACAAUGAUUUCUCUUAUCACUUCUUUUCUUAUAGUGCUGAAGGAGUCCAGUGGCUCCCAUAUGGGAAUCAGAAAACACUGCCAAAUGUUUAGCAUCACAACAUAGGUGCCAUUAAUUCACUCCCUUGUAAGCGUAUUUCAUCUGUUGUAUGUCUAAUUUUUUGUUUUGCUUUUCCUAGCCAAGUUUUGAGCCCCCUGAAAUGCACUAGAUACUGAUUCAUGAACUACUGCUUCUGCUUGUCCCACAUAGUCUAGAAAUUUCAAAGUUAUAAAUCUCUGUGGGUUGUGGUGCUAAAAUGGAGCACAAAUAGCCCACUGCACAAACUUUAUGCCAAAACCAGUAAAUCC